CACGCCCAUCAAAAUCAUUUCAUUCAUCACACCACGUUUCUCUUCCCUUUCCUUUCAAUUCCUUUCUGCCCAAAAUCUUGAAAAAAGAAGAACAACAAAUCAUGGGUUUACAAAACCAGCUAACCGAUAUUUCAUCAGAUUCCGUUCCGGUUUUCCUUCUGGCAGUAAUAGCAAACGGAGUUUCUUACCUCCGUUCACUCCUCUACACUUUCUUACACACACUCGGCAUCAUUUCACGUCACCAAUCCGAUCAUGACGUCAUGGACGAUUCCCUUUUCUUCGAUGCUGUUGGGUCCGGUUUAGCCGGACUUAUUUUAUUGGCAGACCAACUUAACCUCAACAAUGUUAUCUCAUACAAGUAUCAAACAACAUCGGAUCUUGUCGCAAAUAACCAUAAUUUCACAGAAUGUGUCGUUUGUUUGAACACGCUUACUAACGGCGAACAAGUUCGUAAGUUGGAUUGUCACCAUGUCUUUCAUAAAGAGUGUUUUGAUGGCUGGCUUGAUCAUCUUAAUUUCAACUGCCCACUUUGUCGGUCUCCUUUGGUUUCUGAUGAGCGCGUGGCCAUCACGCGCCGCCGCUUGGCUGAUGACGUCAUGGAUUGGUUCUCUCUCAGAUGGUGAGUUUGAGUAAAAAAGUGUGCUAUGUCCAGAAAUGAUGAUAUUGCUUGAUGGCAUUAGAAGAAGAUGUGUUUUGAUCUGGAUUUGAAGGUUUUUGGUGUGGAAAAAAGGUUUGGUUUGUGUGUUGUUUUUACCUGUUCCAGGGUUUUUUACUUUUUACCUUGGUUGCCAAGGUUUUUUUACUGGGAUAGGGGUUAAAUUGACACACUUUGCCACUAUUAGGUUUCUUUUUUUCUUCUCCUUGUUUUUGAGAGGGGUUGAGGAUUCUGUUUGUUAUACAUAAUAUAAUAUAAUGUUUUAACUGUUGGAUA